CGUGCAGGUAGGACUGGUCUGUUUCCAAAGAGGUUUCAGAUCUUUAUUGUCUAUUUUUCAAUCGUGUAAUUAUGUUAACUUGCAGCCGGGUGAUUACUCAACCAAGCGUUGCAAGAAUCACGGUUAGUCAAGAAGGAACUGGCCAGGUGCGUUGCAGAUCCCUCGCGCAAGGAGUGGCUGGAGGGAUCUUGACAAUAGCAAGGAUUGUCUGGUUUCACUGACCAGACUGGCGAGCUAAAAUAAGCAGGAUCCAGAAACACAAGACUUAUCUGGGAACAUUCUUCCGAACUAAUUGGAGGAUCAGCUCAAGUCCCCAUUGAAGGAAGUGGAUUAUUUUGGGUUUUUUUCAUCAUCAACAAAGACUGGUGGACGUCCUUGGUAUAAGGAACUUUAACUUGUUUUUUCCUUUAAACUAUGGACUAAUGUGUAUAUAUAUUGUAAAUAUUAAAUACAACUCACCAAUUUGCACCAUCUUACUGUCUCUGUGCUUUACAAAUUGCCAUCUCCUCCAGUAGCCGAACCUAGCUAGACUUUAAGAACUGUUUGGAUAAAUUUUAAUUCUGAUUAUUUAAAAUCUUGUUAAUCCUUGAACGCAAUGUGGGUUACAUUACUUGGCGAGCUAGCCAGGAGGUUGUUGGCAUUUUGUUAAACACAAAUUUAUUUUUUCCUCCUGUCAUCACCAAUAUGGAUGAAUUUCAAAACCUUGAUGUAAAAAUUCCCAACUCUGUUUUGGUUGAAGGCAUUUCAGGUGAAGAUGAUAAAGAGGAAGUAUUUGACUUUUUGAAACAAUAUGGUAAGAUAACAAAGACUGAAAUCAUUUCUGAAGCGGAUUCUGAGUUUGAGGGCCAGCUUGUGGUUGAAUUUAGCAGUGGUACAGUAGUAGCUGAAUUGCGUUCAAUUCUACCAUAUGCAUUCAAAUCAGCUGAGAAGUCAGAUACAUUUUUUAUUUCUGAAUUAGCUGUUGUAUAUGCAGAACAUGUUGCACGGAAUAAAACUAAUUCUUAUUUACUUGAGUUACAGAAACUUGCAAAGCAUUCUGGAGUGAACUUUGCAGAGGUGUUAAAAUCCACGAUGACUCAGAUUGGACAAUCAGUUGCUGAACUUCACUCAGCUGCUAAGAUGGAGGAUCCUGAUGAGAAGUCUGAGGUUACGGCAGCAUCUGCAGAUCCAACAAUGAAGAAAGAGCCAACGUUGUCAACUACCGCUGAUCCUAAAGUUCCCAGACUGAGAAGUGAGCAGCAAUCUACUUCACGACAGAAACCUUCUCUUCAUGAUGGUGAUAUCCAACCACUUGAAGUCCAGCGCUACGUGGUGGAACACAUUAUGAAAACUGAGGAAAGUGCUUACCAUCUACAAAGGCUCCGAGUGUUUUCUGGACGGCUGCCUAGACCAGCACAUGAAGCAGACUAUGAGACCUGGCAUUCAGGAGUGGAUCUGCUAUUAAAAGACCCAUCAGUUUCUGAGCUUCAGAGAUCGAGGAGGAUCGUGGAGAGUUUACUUCCCCCAGCCGCUGAUAUGCUGAAACAUUUAAGUUCAGAUACUCCACCUACAGUGUAUCUGAACAUAUUGGAUUCGGCAUAUGGCACAGUACAAGAUGGAGAAGAACUUUUUGCAAAAUUCAUGGACACUUUCCAAGAUGCAGGGGAGAAGCCAUCUUCAUACCUCCAGCGGCUGCAGGUUGAAGGUGCUGCUGGACAGUCUGUUCCGUAUCUGGGGUACGUGGAGCUGGUCAUCACAUUCCCUGAAGAUUUCAUAGGAGUAAACACAGAGGUACCAACUCUCGCUCUGGUGGUCCCAGAUACUAGUCCUGAUAGGCCAUCUGAUGUACUUAUUGGCAUGAACACACUAGAGCCACUGUAUGAACAACAUCUUAGCGGUAACCAUGUACAAUUCCAACCCAUGGCCCAAGGAUAUCGAGCGGUCCUGAAACUGCUACAGUUAAAACACCAGCAAAAUCAAUCAGGAAAUGCAGGAACUGUCAGGCUAUUAAGCACCACUCCAGUCCUUAUUUCACCUGGUCAAACUAUUGUCUUGGAGGGUUCUGUUAAAAACACCCCUCCAUCUGCAGAUAAGUGGGCCAUUGUUGAACACCCUAGCUCACCUUUACCAGGGGGCUUAUGUGUUCAGAGUUGUCUAAUUACAUUGCCACGGCAUCCACCAUAUAAAGUCCCAGUGAUCAUGAAGAAUGAAUCAGAGCAAGAGGUGUCUAUAUCACCAUUAACUAUUAUUGCAGACAUUGGGUCGGCACCUACUGUUUUGUCACAACAAAUCACAUCUCAAACCUCACAACGAACCACUUUGGAGUUUAACUUUGGAGACUCUCCUAUUCCACCUGAGUGGAAAGAACAUAUUAUCAACAAAAUGAACAGCAUGCCUGAAGUAUUUUCUCAUCAUGAUAUGGAUUUUGGCUGUACAGAUGCAGUUAAACAUACCAUUAAACUUAAUGAGGAAACGCCUUUUAAACACAGAGCAAGGCCAAUCCAUCCCCAAGAUCUGGAGGCAGUCCGUGAACAUCUUAGAGAUCUGUUUGGAGCUGGCAUCAUAAGAGAGUCUAAAUCACCAUUUUCCUCUCCAAUAGUUGUGGUUCGGAAACGUAAUGGUUCCGUCCGGCUAUGCAUAGAUUACAGGAAACUGAAUCUGCAAACUAUCAAAGACGCAUAUGCCCUUCCUAAUUUGGAAGAAUCUUUUUGUGCUUUGACAGGAUCCAAAUGGUUCACUGUAUUGGAUUUAAAAUCUGGCUAUUAUCAAAUAGAGAUGGCAGAAGAAGAUAAGGCUAAAACAGCUUUUGUAACUCCCCUUGGAUUUUGGGAGUGGAACAGGAUGCCGCAAGGAAUUACAAAUGCACCUAGCACGUUUCAGCGGCUAAUGGAGAGAUGCAUGGGAGAUCUGCAUCUUAAAGAAGUCCUUGUCUUCCUCGAUGACAUCAUCAUCUUCUCUGCCACUCUGGAAGAGCAUGAGGAACGGUUGCUGCGUGUGCUCUCCCGGUUGAAGCAGUUUGGACUAAAGCUCUCUCCAGAGAAAUUCCUGCAAAGCUGAAGAAUCCAGAAGGAAAGUAUUCGGAUCCAAAGAAAUCCUUUGGAGAUAAAUGGACUAGCCAUCAGCAGAUUGCCUUUGAAACAGUCAUUUCCAAAUUGACUACAGCACCUGUUCUUGGAUUUGCCAAUCCACAACUGCCA